AUGGAUAAAAAUACUGACACAUGGUCUUUUAUACAAUCAACUACACCAAAUACACAUUCAUCAUCAAUAAUUUCAUCAAUACCACCACCAUUAGCACCACCACCAACUGUACGUGAACGAAAUCGAAUGCAUGCAUUGAAUGAAGCAUUUGAUGAAUUACGUCGUGUAGUACCAAAAGCUAAUUUACAUGAUCAUCAACGUUUAUCAAAAAUUGCUACACUUCGUCUUGCUAUUCAUUAUAUAAGUUGUCUUACACAAAUUCUUGAUUCAAAUAGAUCAACAAAACAAUAUCCUCAUCAACUUCUAUCACCAGCAUUAUCAUUACCAUCACCAUCAACAUCAGCAUAUAUACCACAAGAAUCAUUUAUAAUAGCAAGACGAAGAGGACCACGCUUACGACGACGAACACAACGAACAACACAGGAUGAACGUAUAUUUGACGACGAAGAAGAAGAAUAA